GGUUCAUGCUGGUCGCGUCAGCAGCAGAGGAGCCGCUGCUGCGCCGCCGCUGUGGUCACCAGCACCAGCGCAACAACUACAACAGCAAGCCACAACUUCGGCGAUAACAUUCAUUUAAACUUCGCGUCCGAAGUGACCCUUCCUGGUCCGCACGGGUCUGAUGGACCCCCUGUAGCUUCUCCCCUCCGUCUCGGACCCCGCGGACGUCGACAGUCUCUCAGCGGCCCCCUUCACAUUCCGCCAUGGACUUCUUCGACGACCCCAACCUGUUUGUGGGGGCCUUGGAGGGUCUGGACGGGGAGGGCUUCCCCUCGGGGCCCUCCCUCGUGGACGAGCUGAACCUCACCACUGACUUUGAGCCCCUCACGGUGGAGCCGGCCGGCCCGGGGAAGCACCAGGGGAUGGUCCCCGUGGCCGCGUCCGGUCUCCCCCCGCAGGCCAUGUCUGCGUACGCACAGCAGAUGGGACACUACGCCGGCGUCAAGGCACACAACCCCAUGGGGCCGGUGUUCCACGGGCCGGGGGCGGUGGGCGACGGUGGGGUCGUGGCACAGCAGCAACACAGUCAGUACCACAGUGCCUCCCUGGGCCAGACACCGCAGCCCAACGGACUGUACGGAAACCGCAGCAGUCCCAUGUGGGGGAACCAGGACCAGAAUGGGAACAUUUAUCACCCUCUCCCACAGCAGCAGCAGCAGCAGCAGCAACCGCUACCCCCACUGCCCCAACAACAGCGGCUCCAUCAGCAACACCAGAUCCACAGCCAGCCGCUCCAUCUCCAACAGCAACAGACGCCGCAGCAACGGCACCUGUGUCAUCAGCAGCAGAGAAUGCAGCAGCAGCUUCAGCAGCAGCAGCAGCAGCAGCAGCAGCAGAGCUGCCAUCAACAACAAUUGUUGAAUCAGCGUCCGCAUCUACCAAUGGACGCCCAACCGCUAUCACUGCAGCAGCAACACCACAGCUUCCCCUUCCACCACGGAGGCCACCCGCAGAGUCAGAAGCAGGCUCUCCUCAACCAGCAGCAGAUUCAGCAGCAGCAGAGCAUGGGAGGAGCGCGCUUUAACUCCAGAGUCGUGCCUCCGUCGGGCGUCCUUCUGAGUAAGACUUACCUGGAGGGUCAGGAUGGCUCGUUGCACGGGGCUCCCCUCCAACAACAACAGCAUCCACAACAAGGUGGCUACCAGCACGCCCGGGGAGGUCAAGCCUUCCCCAGCGCACACAUGGAGGGUCCCGGCCUGUCGUACUCCAUCCAGGCCUCGGCCAUGGCUCACACGCUGCCCGCCUGCUCCCUGAGCUCUGCCACUGCCUUCCAGCCCUCGCAGUACCCCGCCUACCCCGGCGAGCCUGACAUGCCCAGCCUCGGGCAGCAGUCCCUGCCCUCUCCCUCGGUGUCGAGGCCCGCCGUGCCCCUGACCUCCACUGUGCCUGGUGUCGGGUGUGAGUUCUCGCCCACUCCAGUCAUGAGUCAGCAGCAGCUGCAGCAGCAGCCAUCUCAGGCCCCCGCGAGCCAGGCGGCGGAGUGCCCCUUUCGUGCCCUGCGCUGCUCCGGACGGACCCAGGGGAGCUACAACUCGUCUGAGAUGUUCGGUCAGGCUAUGAGUUGCUACCCCAGCGCGGCCAGCAGCCAGCUGCUCCCCGGGCUGACUCAGAGCUGUGGCGUCACCGCCGUACCCGACAGGAAUGGGUGCCAGUCGCUGGUGGAAUGUACGGUGCAGCCCGUGGCUCCAGGUGGGGACUUUGAAGGCCUGGAGCCCCCGGACCUUCUGCCGGACCUCCUGCCCCAUUUAGAGGAGGCCCUGAGUCACCACGGGGGCUCCAACAGCUCCUGGGACAAUGGCAGCCAGGAGAAGAAACUUAUUGUCAGGAAUAUUCCACUUGUGGAGUACAAGGACGAAAAGCCUCGCAAGAAUGCCAACGGUCCCAGUAGCAACCAGCAGGUGGUCAGCCCCCCGCUGAAGAGCAGCUCGUCCUCUUCCUCGUCGUCCUCGUCGUCCUCGUCUUCGUCCUCCAGCUCUUCGUCGGAGAAGAAGAGCCAGCGGAGGGGGUCCGCCCUGCCGCCGCCGCCGCCCCAUUCGUCCCAGCAGGCGGCGCUGCUGCAGCAGCAGCUGAUGGAGGCGACGGAGGACAAGCAGGAGAAGGCCAAUCGCAUCAUCUCGGAGGCCAUCGCCAAGGCCCGGCAGCGCGGGGAGAAGAACAUCCCCCGGGUCAUGAGCCCCGAGAGCUUCCCCAGCUCGUCGUCGGCGAUGCGCAAGGCCCAGCGGGAGAUGGAGCGCGAGCGCAAGGCCAGCAGCAAGGCCCGCGUCAAGAGCAAGUCCUCCAAGAAGGUCUGCAUCGUGCCCUCCGCCAAGAUCAAGCAGAAGGCCAAGAUCGGGAAAAUUGUCAUCAAGAUCGGAAAGAAGAAGAAACGAAAGCCUGAGUCCUCGGGGGACGAGGACGACGACCCUCCCCAGAGGCGCUCCUCCAAAGACGACGACGCGAAGCGUCGCUCCAACCGGCAGGUGAAGAGGAAGAAGUACUCUGAGGAGGUGGAGGCCCGGCUGUCGGACGAGGAGGUGAAGGUCAUCGUCAAGGCCAAGAAGACCGGCGGCGCGGUGCGCAAGGAGCCCGCCGUCCAGCUCUUUGUGGAGAAUCCCAGUGAAGAAGAUGCAGCCGUUGUUGACAAAGUGAUGUCAUCACGCAUGAUCAAGAACGAGGUCUCUCCUGGGGUUGUGGUGGAAGUGGAGGAGUACUUUGUAAAAUACAAAAACUACUCCUACCUGCACUGUGAGUGGGCCACCGAGCAGCAACUGGAGAAGGACAAGAGGAUCCAGCAGAAGCUGAAACGCUUUAAGAUCAAACAGGCUCAGAGGGCCCUCUUCUUCGCAGACAUGGAGGAGGAUCCCUUCAACCCUGACUAUGUGGAGGUAGACCGGGUGCUGGAAGUGUCCUACUGUGAGGACAAGGACACAGGGGAGGACCUGGUCUACUACCUGGUGAAGUGGUGCUCGCUGCCCUACGAGGACAGCACCUGGGAGCUCAAGGCAGACGUGGAGCAGAGCAAGAUCGAGGAGUUUGAGCAGCUGCAGGCCAUCAAGGCUGACGUGCGACGGGUGGAGCGUCCUCCAGCCAACCUGUGGAAGAAGAGGGAUCAGUCCAGACAGUACCGCAACGGAAACAGCCUCAGGGACUAUCAGCUGGAGGGGGUGAACUGGCUCCUCUUCAACUGGUACAACAGACGGAACUGCAUCCUGGCAGACGAGAUGGGCCUGGGGAAGACGAUCCAGUCCAUCACCUACCUGGAGGAGAUGCACCGCGUGGGCAUCAGGGGGCCAUUCCUCAUCAUCGCCCCGCUCUCCACCAUCGCCAACUGGGAGCGCGAGUUCCGCACCUGGACGCACCACAACGUCAUCGUCUACCACGGCAGCAUGAUCAGCCGGCAGAUGCUGCAGCAGUACGAGAUGUACUUCAGGGACGCGCAGGGUCGGGUGGUGCGGGGCGCCUACAAGUUCCAGGCGCUCAUCACGACGUUCGAGAUGAUCCUGGGGGGUUGCUCGGAGCUCAACGCCAUCGACUGGCGCUGCGUCAUCAUCGACGAAGCCCACCGCCUCAAGAACAAGAACUGCAAGCUGCUGGAGGGCUUCAAGCUCAUGAACCUGGAGCAUAUAGUCCUGCUGACCGGGACUCCCCUGCAGAACACGGUGGAGGAACUGUUCAGCCUGCUGCACUUCCUGGAGCCCGCGCGGUUCCCCUCCGAGAACACCUUCAUGCAGGAGUUUGGAGACCUCAAGACGGAGGAGCAGGUUCAGAAGCUGCAGGCCAUCCUGAAGCCCAUGAUGCUGCGGCGCCUGAAGGAGGACGUGGAGAAGAAGCUGGCCCCCAAGGAGGAGACCAUCGUGGAGGUGGAGCUCACCAACAUCCAGAAGAAAUACUACCGCGCCAUCCUGGAGAAGAACUUCUCCUUCCUGGCCAAGGGCGUGGGCCAGUCCAACGUGCCCAACCUGGUCAACACCAUGAUGGAGCUCCGGAAGUGCUGCAACCACCCCUACCUCAUCAAAGGAGCAGAGGAGAAGAUCAUGGAGGACUUCAGGGAGGUGUACAGCCCCACGGCCAUGGACUUCCACCUCCAGGCCAUGGUGCAGUCGGCCGGCAAGCUGGUGCUCAUCGAUAAGCUGCUGCCUAAGAUGAAGGCGGGCGGACACAAGGUCCUCAUCUUCUCCCAGAUGGUCCGCUGCCUGGACAUCCUGGAAGACUACCUCAUCCAGAGGAGGUACCUGUACGAGCGCAUUGACGGGCGCGUGCGGGGGAACAUGCGGCAGGCGGCCAUCGACCGCUUCAGCAAGCCGGACUCGGACCGCUUCGUGUUCCUGCUGUGCACGCGGGCGGGGGGGCUGGGCAUCAACCUCACGGCCGCCGACACCUGCAUCAUCUUCGACUCUGACUGGAACCCCCAGAACGACCUGCAGGCUCAGGCUCGCUGCCACCGCAUCGGGCAGAACAAGGCUGUGAAGGUGUACCGCCUGAUCACCAGGAACUCGUACGAGCGGGAGAUGUUUGACCGGGCCAGCCUGAAGCUGGGCCUGGACAAGGCUGUGCUCCAGAGCAUGAGCGGGCGGGACAACAGCCUAGGGGCCGGAGGGGGACCGGGAGGAGGUGCUGGAGGAGGAGGGGCGACGCAGCAGCAGCUGUCGAAGAAGGAGAUCGAGGACCUGUUGAGGCGAGGGGCCUACGGAGCCAUCAUGGACGAGGAGGACGAGGGCGCCAAGUUCUGCGAGGAGGACAUCGACCAGAUCCUCCAGCGCCGCACCAAGACCAUCACCAUCGAGUCAGAGGGCCGGGGGUCCACCUUCGCCAAGGCCAGCUUUGUGGCCUCUGGGAACCGCACGGACAUCUCCCUGGACGACCCCAACUUCUGGGACAAGUGGGCCCAGAAGGCGGAGAUCGACGUGGAGAUGGUGAACGGCAGAAACAGCCUGGUGAUCGACACUCCGCGGGUCCGUAAGCAGACGCGGCCCUUCAGCACCACCAAGGAUGAGCUGGCGGAGCUGUCCGAGGGCGAGAGCGACGGAGACGUCUCCAAGCCCAGGCAGCGCCGCGCCCACGACCGGCUCAACAGCUACGGCCGCACCGAGUGCUUCCGGGUGGAGAAGAACCUGCUGGUCUACGGGUGGGGCCGGUGGAAGGACAUCCUGAACCACGGGCGCUUCAAGAAGCAGCUGGCGGAGCGCGACGUGGAGUCCAUCUGCAGGGCGCUGCUGGCCUACUGCCUGGUGCACUACCGCGGAGACGACAAGAUCAAGAGCUUCAUGUGGGACCUCAUCGCGCCCACGGAGGACGGCCAGACCAAGGAGCUCCAGAACCACCUCGGGCUGUCUGCUCCGGUGCCGCGCGGACGCAAGGGGAAGAAGAUGAAGACGCAGUCCAGCUCCUUCGACAUCCACAAGGCGGAGUGGCUCCGGAAGCACAACCCCGAACACAUGCUGCAGGACGAGGGCUACAAGAAGCACCUCAAGCACCACUGUAACAAGGUUCUGCUUCGGGUCAGAAUGCUGUACUACCUGAAGCAGGAGGUGAUCGGAGUGCAGUCCCAGAAGGUGCUGGACGGGGCAGACGCCAGUGACAUCAACAUCUGUGUGCCGGAGCCUGAGAGCUCUGACCUGCCGGCCUUGUGGUGGGACAGCGUGUCGGACAAGGGUCUGUUACUGGGCAUCUUCAAGCACGGCUAUGAGAAGUACAACACCAUCAGAGCAGACCCGGCCCUCUGCUUCCUAGACCGUGUGGGACGGCCCGACGAGAAGGCCAUCGCUGCAGAGCAGAGGGCCAAUGACUACAUGGAUGGGGAUGUGGAUGACCCAGAGUACAAGCCCGCCCCUGCUCUUCUGAAGGACGAGAUGGAGGACGACGCCUCUUCGCCCGGAGACCUGGUUGUCGUGGACAACGCCGGAGACUCUCAGGUCCCUGUGAUGGACGGUGGCGCCGCCUACUGGCCGUCCCCGUCGGUGCUCACGGCCCGGCUGCGGCGGCUGAUCACGGCCUCCCAACGCUACACCAAGAGCCGGCAGAUCCUCCACAUCCACCAGAACCAGACCCAGAGCUACACCCCCCAGGCCCUGAUGAUGACCGCCCCGCUCUGCCCGCUGCCCCCCGCCCUCGGUGACACGGCGCUCAAUCCCAAGAUGGCCGCCAAGAUUGAACGCCAACAGAGGUGGACGCGGCGGGAGGAGGCAGACUUCUACCGGGUGGUUUCGACCUUUGGCGUGGUGUUCGACCCCGACCUGGGCUGCUUCGACUGGACCAAGUUCCGCGCCAUGGCCCGGCUGCACAAGAAGACGGACGAGAGCCUGCAGAAGUACCUGUGCGCCUUCGCAGCCAUGAGCCGCCGGGUCUGCCGGCUGCCGCCCAAGGAAGGAGACGCCACCGUGGACCCGUCGCUGUCCAUCCAGCCCAUCACGGAGGAGCGCGCCUCGCGGACCCUGUACCGCGUGGAGCUGCUGCGGCAGGUCAGGGAGCAGGUGCUGCGCCACCCCCAGCUGUACGAGCGCCUGUCCCUGUGCCAGCCGGGCUCGGACCUGCCGGUGUGGUGGGAGCCCGGCGGCCACGACCACGACCUGCUGAUCGGCGCCGCCAAGCACGGGGUGAGCCGCACGGACUACCACAUCCUGCGGGACCCCGAGCUCAGCUUCAUGGCCGCCCAGCGCAACUACAGCCAGGCCAAGGCCUCGCAGCAACAGCAGCAGCAGCAGCAUCAGCAGGCGACGUCCCGGGCCCCCACGCCGCUGCCCCUCGCAGGCCCGGGCUCCGCCCACGCCGCCACCAGCUCCCCGCUGGCCACGCCCUCGCACUGGGACACCGCCGAUACUGCGGCGCCCGGCGUGCCGAAGGAGGAGCCAAUGACUGACGACGAGGAGGCGACGAAGGGGCGGCCCGGGUUGGGGGGCUGGAGCCCUCCUCCCCCCGCCCCGGCCACGCCCACGGGGCUGGAGGAGAAGCCCCUGGUCAUCAAGGAGGAGCCGGAGGAGAAGGAGGCGCGGCCCGGCCCCCCCGCCCCCGCGCCCUCGGAGAGGAAGAGCAAGAAGGCGAGCAAGAGGAGCCGCAAGGAGGCGCGCCGGGGCUCCCGCUCGGACUCCUCCUCCAGCGCCUCCUCGCGCUCCUCGUCUUCGUCCUCGUCCUCUUCGUCUUCGUCCUCGCGCUCGGGCUCCAGCUCGUCUUCCUCCUCGUCCUCCUGCUCGUCGGGCUCGUCCUCGUCUUCCUCGUCCUCGUCGACCUCGUCGGACAGCGACAGCGGCGGAGAGGAAGGGAAGAAGAAAGCGGCGGCGGCGGUCCCGGCGCCGGUGUUCGACGAGGACAGCGUGGCGUCGGUGAGCGCCCUGCAGGACGAGACGCGGGACGGCGGCGGCGGCGGCGUGGCGGAGAACGGCGGCGCCGCCAACCUCCCGCCCUUCCAGGGGGGCUACAUGCUGGCGGCGUCCUAUUGGCCCAAGGACCGGGCGAUGAUCAACCGUCUGGACAGUAUCUGCCAGGCGGUGCUGAAGGGGAAGUGGCCGGCGACGCGGCGGGCGUACGAGCCCGGCGGGGCUGUGGCGUCCUUCUACACCACCAAGCUCCUGGACAGCGCCAACAACAGCCUGGGGGAGGAGCCGGCCGCCUCGCCGCAGGGGUCAAAGGUGAAGACGCAUGUGGCAGAGAACAAGGACUUCUCGGUCAAACUCGACAAUCAGGAAGGGGGUCUGAAGCUCACCUUCCAGAAGCAGGGUCUGCCGCUCAAGAGGCCCCUGGAGGCUGAGGAGGGGCCCCAGGCCCAACAGCAGUACCUGGCCCGGCUCCACGAGCUCCAGAGCGCCUCGGACACCGGCCUGGCUGACAUCACCAAGCCCCAGGCCAGCUUCCACCACGCCCCCCUCAGUCUCCCCGACCCCAUGAGGCGGAACGGCACGCUGGACGGCCAGCCGGCGGGGAAGAGGCGCCGGGGCCGGAGGAAGAACGUGGAGGGGAUGGACCUGCUGUUCAUGAAUCGGAACCCACCGCCCGCCGCCUCGGAGCACGUGCCUCCAGGCUGGGGGGGCAUCGGCCAGAUGGGCGCGGCGGCGGCCGGGGCCCCGGGGGCGGGCUACGGCCCGGGGCCCAGCCAGGGGCCGGCAGACACGGAGAGCCGGGUGCCGGUCAUCAACCUGAAGGACGGCACGCGGCUGGCUGGGGACGACGCCCCCCGCCGGAGGGAGCUGGACCAGUGGCUCCGGGAGCACCCCGGCUUCGUGGCCGACACGGGGGCCUUCAUCCCGGGGGUGAGCAAGAUGCAGAUGCAGAUGCCCUUCCAGUUCCCAGACGGGCGACCCAAGCAGAAGAGGCACCGCUGCCGGAACCCCAACAAGAUCGACGUCAACAGCCUCACGGGCGAGGAGAGGGUUCAGAUCAUCAACCGGAGGAACGCACGCAAGAUCGGCGGAGCCUUCGCCCCUCCCCUGAAGGACCUCAGCCGGUUCCUGCAGGAGAACCCGGAGUACGGGGUCCCCCCCGAGUGGGCCGACGUGGUGAAGCAAUCGGGCUAUCUCCCGGAGAGCAUGUUCGACCGGAUCCUGACCGGGCCCAUUGUUCCCGAGGAGGUCAGCCGUCGUGGUCGUCGACCCAAGAACCCCCUGGCCAAGGCGGCGGCGGCGGCAGCGGCGGCGACGGCAUCGGCGUCCAACUCGGGCGCGGCGGGCCUGGGCCUCAGCCCCCUGCUGUCCAACGGGCUGCUGUCGGGCAUGGACCUCAGCAGCCUGCAGGCCUUCCAGCAGAACCUGCAGAGCCUGCAGUCCCUGCAGCUCACGGCCGGCCUCAUGGGGCUGCCCUCGGACGCCGGCAGCCUGGCCUCCAACAACCUGGCCGCCAUGUUCCCCAUGAUGCUCUCCGGCAUGGCGGGCCUCCCCAACCUGCUGGGCAUGAGCGGCCUCCUGGGCAAGGGCCCGCAGGAGGGCUCCCCCCCGGAGGAGAAGGCCAGGGGCCGGGGGCCCGGGGAGACCGCCUCCUCCUCGUCCUCCUCCGGAGCCCACGCCGCCUCGGCCAAGGGGGACCGGACAGCAGGGCCCCCCGGGGCCUCGCCCUCGUCCUCGCGCUCCUCCUCGGCGUCCUCCAGCGCCACCACCUCCCCACUAAGUGCUUCAGCGGCGGCGGCCCCCGCGGGCCCCGCCCCCCCCCGGCCCCUGAACCCUUUGUUACUGUCCAGUAUGCUCUACCCAGGGACGCUCCGACCCCACGGCCUUAACCUCCCCCAGGGGGGCCCCCCCGGCCCCGCGGACCCCCCCGGCCCCGCCCCGGGCCCCCAGCCGCCCACCUCCUCCUCCUCCCUCCGGACUCCAGGAGCCCCCGCGGAGAGGGGGGGGACGGAGGGGGACGAUGAUGACGAUGAUGACGAUGACGAUGAUGAUGACGAUGACGAGGGGGACGAGUCGGCGGAACAAAAGGGGAACAGUGGGGCCGACUCCAAGAAGUCUUCGUCGUCGGACUCGGGGAGCUCGUCUUCGUCGGGGGACUCCGACUCGAGUGACGAAGACUGAGUCGCCCACGCGCAUAUAUAAAUAUAAAUAUAUUUAUGUAUCACUUAGAAAUGUACACACAUGCCACAUAUAUAUACACCUAUAUAUGGAUUUUUCCUGCACUUGCGUUGUGAUUUCUCUACGUGUAAAUAGAAUAAUUAAUGAAUUUGUUGUGUAAUAAAGACUAAAAAAAGAAAAAUGUAAAAGAGGAAAAAAACAAUGGCUUAAAAAGGAACUGAAAUGAAAUUUCAGUUCCUUUUGUUCACAAGGUACAAUCUUGUUUUGAGACAUUUUGCAUGUCGAACUUUAGUAGAUUUCUUUGUGACAUGAUGAAUAGCGCGACGAUGUACAAAUGCAACAAACGGAACGACGAAAAGAAAAUCAAAGGCAUUAUUGUAAUUACCAUGUAAGGAAUUAAUUUUAUUAAACAUUUCAAAACUACAUAAAACGCUGCCAUCGCGCUAAUAUAUUUUGCGGGUUGGGUUUGGGUGGGUUGAUGACCGUGACAACAGUUUUGGUGUUUUUCAGUUUUUCUCUUGUAAAUGUAAACCUAUAUUCUCUUCAGGUCUCCUCACUUUAGUUUUUUCGAUCAUUCUCUUGGAUAAUUCAGCAAUAACACGGGCAGCUAUUGAAUGUCACAGAAGCUUUUGAUUGGCCAGACAUCCCAGAGUCCUGUCCACUGCUCCCACCAAUCACAACCUGCCAUCAAACUAAAGCCCGCCCCCUCAAAACCUCAAAACGUACCCCAUGCAUUAGGAACACAAAGACACAAAUGCCUUCUUCGUUAUUCUGGAUCAUCCACUCAAAUGUAAAAAUGUAUUUUAUUUUAACUUUUCUUUUAAUUUUGGGUUUGGGUUGAGCUUUUGUGCUUCAAUGGGUAAACUUUGUUCUUUUGGUUCUCAUUGGUUUUGUGCUGCGACACUGUGUACAUGUGUAGCUGUUAACUGUUCUCUACUCAGAUCUGGGACAAGGGCAUUCGCUCUGUGUGUCCGAGCUCCAGCCCUCACUCAAUGCCUCACUAAGGCACUCGAUUCCAAGGUGCACUUUGGCACUUCUGGCGGUGUGCUUGCUUGGCGUCCCUUGCUUCCACGCCUGUUGACUUUGACCACUGUGUGCACGUCUGUGUGUGUGUGUGUGCGUGCGUGCGUGCGUGCGUCUGUGAGAGUAAAGUAAUACCUGGCCCUAUAGUGUCAUGUCAGUGUGUGCCAAAAGGGCCUGGUGUUAAAGGUGUGGAGGAAUGGUCCUGGCUCCGUGACGUGUGACGACUACUGCCCUCCCCACCUUUUGGACUGUCUUACCUCAGUGGGACGUGGAGAUACUGGCUGUUGUUGGCACCGACGCUGUGUCCUGCGUGGUUGGCGGAGCCUCCAAGGCCCCUCCAACCGUCUCUGUUGUCCCACGCUCUCCCUCCAAAAGUGGGCCCUCGAAGGAUCCUAUCAAAUGAUCGGCCGUUGUUCUUUGUAUUCAUUUUCUCCAAAACUGUUGCAUGACCACAACACACCUGAACCACCAAAGUCUUAAAAUGGGUAUCCACACAAGUUGCUCUACACAACUCCAUGACCACAGUGUAAUGUUUUGUGCGUGUAGAAGGUGUCCCAGAUGGCGUUGAUUUGCAAGGGCUGGGCAGUGGCUGUGAUGCAGGGAAUUUACCAGGAUUCUUAUCUCAUGUCCUCAUCGUCAUUGGUGAAUGAGUGCUCCGCUAGACGUAGAAGUGCCCUUACACUGAACUCUCUUCAAACUCCAACACAACUUCCUCCUGAGACUAACCUCUGACCUUCUACUUUUACAUUGAGUCAUGGCUGUGUGUUCACACCCGCUCCAAGCUGUAACCCGGACCGGUUUCUGACACUGGAAUUCAACUGCGACAACGUACCUUUUUGAAAACCCCAAGCCCCUGCCGCCCUCCAGGACUGCCGGUGCACAGUGGACUAUAUAUACGCCCUGCUUGGAUCGGGUGGGGUGGAUGUUCAGUAUUGCUGUGAUAUAGGGAGCCACUCAAAGGGGACACUGUAAACAAGGCCCCGGUUUACAGACCGAGGAGUCUCAACAACUGAUUAAAAUCCCUUUACUGUUCAGGAGUAUUCUCAGAUGCCUGUCGUUACGACCUCACCAUUGUGUUCGCUCGAAAUGCAAUGGCAACCUUUUUUGUUUUAUUUCCCCCCUCUUCAGAUAUUUUUCAUUUCCAUGUUAUUUUCUCCCAUUCGGAGUCAUGAGCGGACGCGACUUUUUUUUGUGCAACAGUGGUUUCCUUUUCUUGUAGUGCCCUUGGCUGUCGUUGUUUUGUUUUGGGUUUCACAACCAUUUGCAUCUUACAGCUGGACAUGUUACCACAGAUGCUUUGGCAUCUGAAUUCCGCACGGACAAAUAAACGACACCAAUUGAUGGGGAGACCAGCUUGUCUUUUUGUUUCUCCUUCGUGUGGGGGUUGUGAGGGUGUGUUCAUCAGAGACAAACAUACUGACCAAUAUGCAAUGCCUGUGACUUCAUAAUCACCACACUACUGCUGUACAUGGAGUUCUGUUUGGAGUUUUCCGAUGUGUAAAGUAGGCGCUUCUAGAAUCGUUGCCUUUGUAUUUAAUUUGUAUGCUUCAUUUCACGGAUAUCCUAAAUGUCACCUUCUACGGCCCGUUCUUUGUUUUUGUUGUAUUGGAUUGUUGCAAUAUUUGCAAAAAAGUGGUCUGUGCUGUCGAAUAAUGCUUUAUGUAGUGGAGGAAAAAACGUCAGUCAUUUGUAAUUUAUUGGAUUACUUUCUAUGAAGUUAUAUAGAGGAAAUUAAGGUUUAAUUAUUUUUAUUAAACAUAUUCUUCUGACUAUCCAUAAA